UUCCUCUCCUCUUUCCUCUUGCUGGAACAUAUCGGGACUCAAGUCCUUGCUGCCGAACGGAGGGGCUACUCCUACGCUGCUCCUCCUGCUGGCUCGCAUGCUCCCUAGGAGGUUAGGAGCCCUCCGUCCGGCCAUCCCCUGGUGCUGUCCGGGCUACAGGUCUGCGCCAGCGCCUUGAGGUCCGCCUGCUGCAUUCUGGGCGGCAGCCUGUCACGGAGACGACGCCCGCUCGUGGCUGGGCGGGGGCGGCUGCUCGUGGCAAGAUAUGGAGGAACCUCCUCGACGAUUCUUCAGCGACAUUUUCCCAAAGAAUCAUGCCGAUCUGUCAUGGGUUCCCGACGGCUCCCUAUUCUGAGGCAACAAGGUAUAGAGGUUAUUGCAAAGCUGAACGGUGCAAGUGGCAUAUACAUGUCUCACAAUUGCAGGACGGAAGGACUUGGGAGAUAAAGAAGAUGCCUUGUGAACACACUUGUCAAAGCACAGGAAAAGUUGAGAAGAACUGUAUGGCAACAAAUCACUGGGUCAAGGAUCGGGUUAUGGAUUGGCUUGCAAAGGACAAUACAAUUGGGGCUACAGAAUUAAAGAAAAGGCUUGAGGACCAGUAUCAUCUGAAGUUGUCAUAUUGGGUAGUUUGGGAUGGAAGAAAUAAGGCUUUGGAGCAGCUCAAAGGGAAGUGGGAUGAUAGUUUUGAGUGUAUUUUCAGUUUCAAGGCAGAGGUGGAGAAGACCAAUCCUGGCAGUUUGGUAGACAUUGAAUAUGAGAAAGUUGGAAAGAAGAUGAGGUUCACUAGAAUGUUUGUUGCAUUGAAGUCUUGUGUGGAUGGAUUUGUAAAUGGCUGCAGGCCUUUCCUUGGUGUGGACUCCACCCAUUUGACUGGGAAAUGGAAGGGUCAACUUGCAUCUGCUACUACUAUUGAUGGAAAUAAUUGGAUGUUUCCAGUGUGUCAUGGUGUGUUUGGAUCAGAGACAAGUGACAAUUGGGAAUGGUUUUUCAGCAGACUUCAUCAAGUUAUUGGAUCACCUCCAGGCCUUGUGAUAUCAACUAAUGCAGGCAAAGGAAUUGAUUUAGCUGUUACUAAAGUUUUCAAAAAUGGGGUUGAGCAUAGGGAGUGCAUGAGACACUUAGUUGCAAACUUCCAUAAGCGAUUUCGGGGUGAAGUCUUUGAGAAACAUCUGUGGCCAGCAUGUAGAGCUUAUCAAAGACACAGGUUUGAAGAGCACUAUAAUCUAAUGUAUGAAGCAUGCCCUGAAGCUAUGAUAUGGAUACAUAAUACUCAUAAGCACCUUUGGACAUGACACUUGUUCUCUGAAGCUAGCAAGUGUGACUAUGUCACAAAUAACAUUGCUGAAACAUUCAACAGUUGGGUUAGAAAAGAGAAAUCCCUUCAUGUAGUUGAUCUUAUGGAUAGGAUACGACAAAUGGAAAUGGACAAAAUGUUCUUGAGAAGAAAACUUUCAAGAAAGCUUGAAGGCAAGAUCCUACCUAACGUCAUGAAGGAACUCAAUAAAAGAAGCAGGGGGCUCAAAUAUGUGUGGAGGUAUUCACACAAAGAUGGUGGUACUGAGACUGAAAUUUUAGGUGAAGUUGAAGGUGUUACAAAAGAUCUAGUUCAUUGGAGGCAUACUGUUGAUCUUAAGGAGAAGACAUGCACAUGUAGGCGCUGGCAAGUUACUGGUCUGCCAUGCACACACGCCCUCUGUAUUAUCACUUCAUUUCGAUGUUAUAAUAUAGAAGACUAUGUUCAUGAGUACUAUUCUGUGGCAAAGUUCAAAAAAGCCUAUGAAAAAUCUGUGAAGCCAAUGACAGAUAGGAAACAAUGGCCUAAGGUUGACCCUGGAUUCAAAUUGUGGCCUCCAAUUCUGAAAAGGGCAUCUGGUAGACCAAGGGAAAGAAGGUACAAAUCAGUUGCAGAAGGUGGCACUGCAAAGAGAUCCACAAGAUGCAAAAAGGUGUAAACAGCUUGGGCACAUGGGAAAAACUUGCAAUGAAUAUGUUUAUGAAUCUGAUGCACCACCACCUGCCCCUCCAAAACCAAAAAGAAAACGAGCCAAGAAAAGUGUCACAGUAGUGCCUUCUAGUAGUGCCACUAAUCCAAGUAGUGCCAUCUAGUAGUGCCACUAAUCCAAUAUAGGAGCAACCAUCAUUUGAUCAACCAUCUACACCAACAAGAACUAUCACAUCUGUUUCUACUCCAAGCCCUAUGACAAGAAGUAUGUCAAGGAGGUUGCUGGAGCAAAAUCCAUCUACACCAAGUAGAGCUAUCACUCAUGUGCAAACACCUAGCCCUAUGACAAGGAGGCGAAAAAGGCUGCUGGAAUUUGAAGGCUCCAUAGAGCCUGUUGCAUGUGAAGCACUAUCUCCAAUAGCCUUCAUGGAGAAGGGGAAGGCAAAGAAAUUGAAGGUUGUCAGGUCUAAGAAAGACUAGAGAGUGCCAGAUCAGUAGCGUGUAUAGUUUUGGUAGCAUCAAGAUAGCUAAAUGUGGCUCAGAAUCUGUGAUUUUCUUUUGCCAAACCUGCUGAAUCAUUCCCUGUUGCGUGCUGAAUGGUGAAGAAUAUGGUGAAGUACAUGCUGUUAUCAUGUCCUUUUGUCUAUCUAAUAUGUUCAUUUGAAGGGGUAGGAGUAUACUUGUCUUUUA